AUGCUGACGCCUUCUUCGCUGCUUUCGAUGUUGCUGUCAUGGCGAACGCUCUUUAUUUUAUUCGCUUAUGUCAACAAAAAGUCCCUGCCUUUUGGGUGGACAGCGAGUGUAACAUGGGCUAUCGUCAAAAACCUGCGGCGCAAUCCAUCCCAAUUCAUAUUUGACUCGAAUAAGCCAGUCGACGUCAAAGGCCAUCCUACCCACCCCGUCUUUGCUGUCGCGACAAUGAACACCUACACGUCUCUUUUGGAAACAGACUACAACAUCCACAAGUCCAACAGCACGUAUUAUGCCGACAUGGAUAUUUCGCGCACACACUGCGUCACGCGGCUGUACACACCCGGUAACAAGAUUGUGAACAAGGAACUCGACGAGGAAAUCGCCGCUGCUGCUGUCGCUGAGGGCAAGCCACGGCCAACCAAGUCACAACCCUUUUUCAUUGCUCUCGGGGGCGCGUAUUGCUCAUUCAAGCGAGAGCUGAAGCCGUUGGAGAAGUACGACAUCAAAUCAUACAUGGCUGCCUGGGACGAGAAAUGGAUGUAUAUCAUGACCUACUUCAUCAAGCCGGAGAAGAAGAGAGGCGCGGGACCGACAAUAGCGGCGAUUGGUGUGAGCAAGUACUGUAUCAAAAAGGGGCGUCUGACAGUCCCUAUUGAGCGAGUACUUCGGGCUAGUGGAUAUCUGCCUCCUCGGCCAGAGGGCGCAACGCCAGUGCCUGCAGUGCGAGUAUCGGGCAAUGCAUCAACUACUGGCACACCGAAGGACGAGGGUCUUACGUCUGCAGUGGAUGGCGUCAAGUUGGUUGAUGAAAUGUCUAAAUUGGGAAAUCAGGAUUGGGAGAUGGUGCAAAAGCAGAAGACGGAGAACGCAGGGUCGUGGAAUGGAGAAGAGUGGACGUGGGAGCGCAUCGAGGCCCAGCGCAAAAAAGGGCUCGAAUUGAUCCAGGGCUAUAUUGGCUUGGAUAAUAGACUCUACGAUGAUUGGAAUAAUUGA